AUGCGAUGCGCGAGCAAGGCCGCCGAAGCAGAAACUGCAGCAACUGAUGUCUCAUCGGUUGCUGAAGCGACUCAGCCUGUGUCUCAUGGUGAUGCAGGCGCUCGUCGUGAAGACACUCAUGUCUUCACAGAGUAUGAGCUCGGAGUCUCAUACUCUCCUGAUACGGAAGAAGGAUCCGUAUCGACGGUGAUCGAAUCCAAGCCGCCUGCCAAGCGUGGCAUGGAUGAUGCUACGCGUCGUAGUAUCUUUGGUUCGUCUGAAGAAUCAGACGAACCAUAG